AUGGCCGCCGACUUCGCGACCGACUCGCCGCUGGCGAUGCAACUGCAGCAGGUUGUCCAGCCCAAGCUCGCCGAGUUUGGAUGGACAACGGGCGGCGACGACACGACGCUCUUUGAGUACAUUCUGCUGAUGCUGGCCAACGAUAAGAAUGAAGCGCAGGUCGCCGCCGAACUAUCGAAUGACUUGCUAGAUCUGGGCCCGGAGAACACAGAGACACAGCAGUUUGCGCAGUGGUUAUUCGAACAAAUCGAUUAUCUCCGACAGUCAAGCGGCGGCAAUGGACAGGUUGCGCAGUCGAUCGAGAGCCAAAUGGACAGCACAUCCAACGACCACGUAGCUGCUGGCCAAGAUACAGAUAUGGAAGGCGUGUCAGAGGGACAGGGCACAAUUCCCACAGGCCCUAAGGCAAUGCGCAACGGCAGCGGAGCCCAGGCAGGACGCACAGCACGCGGUGGCCGUAUGCUUAACCAGCUUAACAAAAAUAUGGAUCGCAACAACGAUUCAGCCCUGCAUCGCGUGCGUGGCGCCGGUGGUGGUGUUGGUCGAGUAAACGCACAUGCCCGCGAUCCGCCAAAGGGGCCACGAGGUCAGAACAUUGGUCGUGGUCUCGAAGCGAUGGCAAACGGUCGUGGUAUGGGCAAUGCCAACGUCAACAUGGGCCAGAACAACAUGAACGGUAUGCCCAUGGGCGGAAUGCCGGGUAUGCCCAUGAACCCAAUGGGCGGUCAGAACAACAUGAACGGCAUCGGAUUGAACCCGCAACAGCAGAUGGCCCUCAUGCAAAUGUACGAACAGCAGGCGCAGAUGAUGCAGCAGAUCUUCUCAGGUGGCGCUCCGACAGCUUUUGUAAACCCCAAUUUCAACCAGAACAACCGCAAUGGAUCCAAGAAGCCGUUACAUCAGCGCAUGGACCGGGGCGGCAGGGGCAUGAACCCGAACGCCAAGCCUUUCAAGAAAGAAGGUGAGGAUGAGACCAUGGCGGAUGGCCCCUCCGGAGAGAAUGGCAGCGGUAUGGACGUUGAAUUGCCCUCCGGGCGCCCAGAGCCAUCAUCAACCAUGUGUAAAUUCAACCUGCGGUGCACAAACCCCGACUGUCCGUUUGUCCACCAGUCUCCCGCUGCCAUGCCGGGCAUUACCGUCGACAUGAACGAUACUUGCGACUACGGGGCGGCUUGCAAGAACAAGAAGUGUGUUGGCAAGCACCCUUCGCCCGCACAAAGACAAAAGUACCAGUCGGAGCAGGAGUGCGCUUUCUGGCCCAACUGCCGCGAUCCCUCAUCGUGCCCAUAUAAGCACCCAACGGCGAAACCGUGUCACAACGGUGCCGACUGCACAGUCGAGGGCUGCAAGUACGGCCACAGUUCGAUUAUGUGUAAGUUUAACCCUUGCCUGAACCCCCGUUGUUUGUACAAGCAUGAGCCGGGUCAAAAGAAGAACACAACAAAUGUGUGGGUGGCGCCCAAGGAAGGCGAGCACGUGAGCGAGAGGAAGUUUGUGGAUGAUGAGCAAAAAGAGGAGCUCAUCCUGCCCAACAAGGAUCAGGACAUGAACCAGGGACACGCACAAACGAGUGAGGGCGUGAAUGUACAGUCAUAG